GAAAUAAAGGUAACCAGGCAAUUGUUGGUUUCAAUCUGUCUGUAUCCCAUUUACAAUGGCUAUGUGAUAUCCUCUUUGGAGCAAUAGCUGACGUCACACGUUCUAGGAAUUCAAGAGGCAACACACACAAUCCAUCUUCGAACAAGACCAUUUCAUCAUGGGUCGGCUGUGUGAAAGGUGUGCACAGAUCCUACAGGACUUCGUGAGCUUUGUCAAGAGCCUUUCUUCCAGAAUAGUGGAGCGAAUAAAGGAGUGCAUGAUCCUCUUAAGUGAGUGCUGCUGCUUGAAAACCAGGAGCAGAAAAGUGAGGCAGCUUUAUGAACCUGUCCUUCAAAACCACGAGAAGGUUGCUGCCCAGGAAUUCCUCAAUCACAUGGAGGCAGGUUUGCAAACAUCACCACUUGGAAAGGAAACUCUUGAUGCCCUAAAGAUUUUAGCCUUUUCAGAAAAUGCAGACCUACAGCAUUCUGCUGCACUUUACUACUUACAUAUGAGCCAACACAUGAAUACCCAAUUGCCGGCUGAAUAUUUGGAGCCCUACCAGGCUUUGCUUCAGUCUAGUGAUUUAGAAGUCCAACAGAUGUCUUCGCUGUCCUUAGUGAAUUUUCUUCUUGAAGGAAACUUAAAUAAGGAGCUUGUUGUUCAGGUUGGUUUACUUGAACCUGUGCUAGAACUUCUGGAGUCUGGAGAUUCAGCUGUACAGUGUAAUUCUUGCGCAUGCAUCAUGACCCUCGCAAUCUCUGAAUCCAAUCGAGAGGCUAUAGGGAUUGCUGGAGGAAUCCUGCCUCUGCUCACCCUGGCCAAGUCUUAUGAUCCUCGAGUUCAGCAGAAUGCUGUUGGGGCUAUUCUCAACUUAACUCGAUCAGAACGGAUCAAGAGCAUUCUGUGUAGAGAAGGAGCAUUGCCUGUUCUUACAAUGCUACUGCAGUCUGCUGAUGCUGAAAUUCAGUACUAUAGUUGUGCUUCCCUGGGUAACAUUGCAGCAAACCCAGAACAUCAUAAAGCCAUGCUUGCAAUAGGAGAUGGAUUCCUCCUCCGAAUGCUUGUUUCUCUAAUGUCCUCUUCUGUGCAAAAGGUCUCAAGUCAGGCAUGUCUUUGUUUGAAUAACCUAGCGUCAAGUGGUGAAGUUCGGACUCAUUUGCUGUCCAUUGACAUUAUGCCUCUCUUACUCUCCCUGCUCAACUCCAAUAAUAAGGAUGUCCGACAAGCUUCCAUUACUCUGCUUUGCACCAUGUCACACUCACCUGGAAACAUGGAUGCAGCGCUGCGUGAGGAAAUGCUCCAAUAUUUAGCAGUACUAAUGCAGACAGAGAGGUCUAACCCUGUGGUCUUGAUUCAUGCUUCCUGCACUAUCCAAAACCUGAGCCAAGCGGAGAACAUGGAGGUAAUCAUACAGAGCCAAUGUUUUGAAGAACUACUUUUGGCUCUUCUUAAUCCUUCCAAUGAAGAAGAGGCUCUGCAAUAUGUAGCAUCGUGUCUGGCUGAGCUGGCUAAACAUGAUAUCAUCAGGGAAAAUCUAGUAAACAGGAAGGACAAGGCGCUCAUAAGGUGCUUGGUGAAACUCGCUGGGCGGCUGGAACACAAAGAGCUCUCCUUCCAGGUGGCUUCCGUUAUCAAACAACUGUCACAUGCCGGGAAAAUUGCUGCAGAAUUGAAGAAUCAUAUGAAAGAAGUACAAGCCUACCUCAUGUGUUUCCUUAAUCACCAGGAGCUGAGAUUCCAGCAUCUAAGUAUUACCACACUCUGCAUGUUAAGUGAAGAUCCUGAGUUCUCUUUGGCGAUUAGCCAAAGUCCUCUGAAAGAACAGCUUGAACAAAUCCGCCAACAGACGGAGGAGACCCAGGCACUGCUGAGAGUUGCAAUCAGUCAGACAGACACCCUAAAUCUAAAUGAAUGAUUUGCAGGCCUGCGUAACACGUUUACAAAUUCUUGGCUAGUGGGGCCACUAAACUCCCCCACUGACUGUUGUGAGUAGAGUUUUAUUUCACUAGUAUAGGAAAAAAUAAUGACCUUGAUAGUCCUUCAGCCAGUACAUCCAUGUAAUAUACUUUAUUAUCAGACUGUUACUUGCAGCAACACCACCUUUUUAAUUGCAAUAACCUCCUAGCAGAGGAAUUAGCUGGGAAUCCAACCGGCCUGCGCAUGCACAAUUACAUUAGUCUAAUAAUGGAACAACAGCCAUGAGUGUUGCAUGUUCCUAACGUACCAGAUAUUACUUCCCUUUGUAUUUAUUUGUUAUUAAACAACCUUGAAACCUAACUUUAGAAAUAGAUUUUUAUAUGGUUGUGUUUGUAAUUGCCUUAUUUGUAAGUCAAUUUCUUGUGCUUUGUUUGUUAUCAAUAAAACAAAGAAAUUGGUGUGAUCUUA